AUGGGGCUACUGCGCGGGCUAUCUGAGCUCAAACGAGGUCACUUACGCAGUCGACCAGACUUCAAAGGGUCGACCGGGAAAAGAGGAAGUACUAAUCUUGUCGCCACGUCUACUCGAAGAGCACACCCGUUCUCCGUCAACUCUCCGUCCGUGGAUUGUGGCGGUCCGCGGUCUCUGGAUACCUCUGUAGCCUGUCGUAAGGCUACAGUGGAAACGAACGACAGUGCUACAGGUCGAGUCGCUUGUCGGCUGCGGGCAGCCUUCAGCCCGUCUCCGACAGUCACAAUUAGACAAGAAUUUAGCGCGUCAGUUGCACCUCUUGGCUGGUAG